GCCCUGCCGUACAUCCCAGCAGCCGACGUUAUUGGUUUCAGGGAUGCUUCAGCACGGAAGCCAUUCACCCUCCUUGGCGCUGACAGCGUUCGGUCCUUGUUCGCUUUGGAUUGCAUUGCCAGUGCAGUGCAGGAGUUGCGCGCUGAGGGGUUCCAGGUGGACGUCCGCAGCGGGUGCACGUGGGCGCACGUGCCCCAGUGGCCGAUGAGCGCCUUGCUGAUCAGAGGCGUGUUUCGGUCAGUUUACCUGUGGGAAGGCGCCUGCAGGGAGACGGACGCCGUGCUUUUCAGGGAGGCCUUCGGGAUGCGCGAGGCGGCCGCCGUUGCACCAGUGCAUCCCGCCGCGCCGUCUGCAUUCGACGUUCGGGGUUCGCCACAGUUGGAGCUGCGAUCGACCGCCAUUGACAUGGUGGCAGCGACGGUCAGCGCCUGCUACAACGCCCUCCCAGAGCAUGGACAGCAACAACACCGAGAGGAAGUGCUUGCGUCGCUGCGCUUCCUGGGGCACGCCUCUGACGCACUGCGGACCCACGGGAAAAACCAGCUGGAUGGCACCAGGAUCCAUGCCGCAUCCAAGAUCUUGAAUGCAGUAAUGAUCGCAACACGCUUGCACGGUUCUGCUCAUUUGGAAGGUGUGCUAAGAGAGUCCAUCAGGUAUUGCCUUCACAAAUCCAUUGCGGACCCUAUCUUGGAGAACCUCAAGUCGGGAGGUUUGGUGUCAUCUUCUACCAUACAGCGCUACUUCGUGGUGCUCGAUGCUGCUGUGCUGCUGGCCGACCAGAGGCGAUUUGCAACUAACCCGCCGCCCGCUGAAUACAUGCUGUCGGACUCCAGCCCCCUGUUGGGCACAGACUGGCUGCUGACGGAGACGUUCGAGUGCAGUGAUCCUGGAAGGGCGUGGGAGAUUACCCAACAGUUGAUGUACCAUCGGGGCGACGCGAGGCUGUCGUUGAGCGGGGACUUGCAGCCAGACGAGAUGGACCCUGAAGACUUCCAGCACUACGACGCGGCGGCCCGCAAGGUUCGGGCUUUGUCGCAAGAGCUGGCCGCGAUAUGGGGCCACAACAUGCUGACUGCCGUCGGCUUGGGGUCUCAGGCCACGGGUGUGAUGGACAAGAUGCACGCGAUCGUCCACUCGUUUCGGCUGAGCUCACGCACCAUGUUAUCGUGUCAGCAGAGGGCCCAGAGAAUCCUGUCCGUGACCACCGACAUGGGGACGGAAGCGGGGUUGAGCAGCGCCCGAGCAGUCGACAUGAUGGAUGUGUUUCCCCAUUGGUUUGAUUUUAAUGUGGUCCCUGAUGGCGGGGGGGGCGAGGCCAUGGACGUCUACCAGGAAGGCUGUCCAACUGCAACGCCAGCUUUCGAGAUUACAGUGGACGACGGCCGCGCGUCCCCCGAUCACACCGACAUUGGGGGCGUGGCAUUUGGCACCACGUGCGACGACGGCGCCGUGCCGCGCGGGCCCGCCGAUGUGGGCAGUGGCGGCGCGGCUUUCGCCGUCGUUCGCGACGACGGCACGGCGGCCGCCGACGCAGCCACAGCUGGGCCCGAGACGCACGCGGGCGGAGAAGGUGAUGCACCGACGGCAUUCGUAGUGGAACCAGACGGCGGCGGCGGUGCGACCUUGGACAUCGCUCAUGUGGACGCGCCCAAGGUCGCAGACCCCCGUGGGGACGCGCCAGGCGCAGGAACUACGCGUGAUCGUGCGUUUUUCCACGGGUCCCUACAAGUGGCUGGUGUUUUACACAUCACCAACAAUGCCCUCCAAGAUGUCCUUAAGGCUUUCACGCACAUGGAGUGGUAUUUGAAACGGGCGAAGCCGCUGAUCCUUCUGCUCUGCGACCGUUUCACCAAGGAGCGGUUAAUCGAGCGCUGCUUCAAGGCCCCCGAGGCCGAGGGCCACCAGAAGGCCUUGAGGGAGAUGCGGACGAAGCCAACGGAGUGGCGCUUCGGGUCCUGGGUGCCAGCGCUGCAGCAGAUGCAGUUCAUUGAGGCUGGGAUGAGGGCGCACUGGGACCUGCGCAAGUACAAUGCGCGCCCAGGGGACAACCGCCCCGCGCGGCUGGACGCGGACAUGGGCGAGAGCAGGGCGCAGCGGCCACCCGCCGAAGAUGGUGGAGAUGUCGCGGAGGCCGACCUGCACCUGAUCGACGAGGCGGUGCGCGAUCCGAAGUUCUGGGUGUACGGCCAUGCAAUAUUAUGUGCUGUGCACGGCUGCCUCUACGAGUUUCAGAACUAUAUGGAAUCUUGCCCAUGCCACGCAGUGGACUGCCGCGAGAAGGAUGGAUUUGCCGCAGGCCGCCCGUACUUCAGAAGGCGGGCGGAGUUCAUCGGCGAAACUGGCCUCAAGCACUCGACCUGCCCGAUGAGGGGCCGUCGCGCCCCAGACUUGGCCGCAGGGAAGCACAAGGAGUACUUGGCUGAACUCGUGACCCAGUCCUUGGGCCGCCUGCUGGUCAGGUGCGAGGAGCUGACCCAGAUGGACCGUGACAUGGUCGUGCGUGAUUGGGAGUGCGCUCGUGCAGUGAUCAUGGAAGUGGUCCAGAUCAAGUAUGCACAUUGGGCGUACUUGCCGCACAAGUUUUGCGUGCUGGGUGCCAUUGGCAAGUGUGGAACCUCAGAGGCCACUGCGCGAUUCGGGCUGCAAGCGUGCUUGCGCGAGUACGCCUUGCUCGACGAGUCCAAGCGCAGCAGUUUGUGGCCGUUGGCUGCCAGCGUGCUGGCGCCCUCGUCCCCGCUGCGCGACGAGGUGGCUGCCUUCGUGGAGCAGGGGGUUUCUCUCAAGAGCCUCCCUGGCCUCAGGCAAGUAGCAGGCGUGGUCCUAGGCGUCCCCGUUGCAGAGCGGUCCAUCGAGGCGAAGCACCGCUUGAACAAGCUAGCUUCGUCUCGGGCCCCCCACGCGGGGGGAGGCUUCGUCAACGUCCACCUGAAACUGCCAGAUUUCAAGCGGCGGCUGGCUGCCGACCCAGGCCUCCUCGAGCAUGUGGCCGCCGACAUGGGCCGCAUCAGGACGUCGUCCGAGCGUUUGCUGCAGGCUUUUGGGUUGCACGCGCACCCGACGGUGUUCUCGGAAUUCGCAAAGACUGGGCGCGUCAAGCAAUCUACGGCCACGAGCGUGCUGUGCAGACUUGACAGUGAGACGCAGCAGAAGCAGCACGCAGCGUUGAAGGCCGCCUUCCCGAAGGGCAAGACUGACAGCGGAGGAGGGGGGCACGUGCCCGAUUCCCUGAACCACGGGCUCAAGAUCGUAUCGGCGGCAGCCCUGCAGCAUCUCAGGAAAACGUUCAAGCGGGAGGCUUUCUAUUCGAUUGCUUUGCCGCGUGACUCCUUGCCUGAGAUGGAAUCGGCAUUCUCUGGGUCGAGGAGCUUCGGCGUCCCUGGACUGUUGCCUCUCACAGACGCACAGUACACGCCUCCUCUCAUGCUGCCUGCGGCGGCGCCCGCGCCUGCGGACGGCGGCCUGGACCUGGGGCCGCCAGACGGCGUCCCCCCAGCGCUGGAGCCACACGAGCACUGCAUUUUCAGGGUGGUUCACGCGAAGCCAGCAAUUCGGCACAUCAUCAAGCCGCGGGAUUCCAACCUUACCACUGAUGACGUGGCCGUGAGCGUGCACGACGUAGUCGGGUACGACAGACCAGGCGGCUCCACUGAGCUUCUCGUGGCGUUGUCUGGCGUACGGUUUGGGGAUGCUGUCGCGCCGCUGGAUGGCGACGCCGACGCCGACGCCGACGUCGCGAUUGACGUCGGGUCGACGCGGUUGCUCCACAGGUGUCAUUUGGAGGCGCUCCCGCGCUUACACCUUGACCUCCUCGAGUGGCAGCCAGAGGGGCAGCUCUUCUACCAGCCGAAGCGGUGGCCAGCGGACGUGCCCAGGGAGGAGUACGGGCUCGCGUCCGAAAUCCUCACGGACAUGGUCAUCUCUGGCGCUUUUCCAGGCGCAGAGAGUUCCUUGGUCGCCCAGCCGUCCCGCACGCUUGAGAUCCUGGAACAGGCUGGCCUCGUGGAUCGGCGUGCGGCGGGCGACGCGGGCGACGAGCUCGUCUGCUGGAACAUGAGCCUCGCUUGCAUGCGGGACAUCGCUGCCUUUGAGAAGCUCCAGCAGCCAGCGCCAGCCCUGAGAUCCAGGAUUGGCGUGCAGGACAAGGACAAGGACGCAUUUGAAUUGCUCCUGGACUUGCAAGCGGCGGGCUGGACAGGCAAGUUGCUGCCGCACGGGAAGGGGAAGAAGGCCGAGACGCCGCAGCCAUAUGACCCGAACAGUGUUGCUAGCGAGAAGGCCUGGUACUUCCAGGCCGCCAAGAAGACCAUUUCCACCAAUUACUUGCGCUGCCUGCUUGCGGGCAAGUCGGUCGUCGCCCACGCGUUGGCCGACAAGGACUACGCCGUGUUGUUGGGCACCGCCCGUCCUGAGCGCCUGGCCAUCCAGGACGACACUGGGUGCCCGCGCCCGAGGGCGCCGAAAAGGCAGCGGAAGGCUGCCGCGCCGCUGCCCCUCGAGGACCACGGG